AGGUGGCGGUUAUGGCGGCGGCGGAGGUGGUUUAAUUAUUGAACACGGAGGACACGGAGGCGGCGGCGGCGGUUUUGGAGGCGGUCACGGGGGUGGAUUUGGAGGAGGUGGCGGAUAUGGUGGUGGGCACGGUGGCGGACACGGUGGCGGUUUCGGAGGUGGUCAUGGAGGCGGUGGACUUGGAGAUUAUGGCGGUGGAUUCGGUGGCGGUGAUCACGGAUCCAGCAGUUACGGCAACAGUAUUUCGUCCAGUUUCGGUAGCAGUGGCCAUGGCGGAAGCAGUUACAGUUCUGGCGGCGGCUUUGAUUCUUAUUCAAGUGGCCACAGCGGUGGCGGUGGCGAUAGUUACAGCGGAGGCCAUGGUGGUGGUUUUACCGGUUACAAAAAAAAAUAAGAGUGAUCGCGUUAUAACCAAUAUGUUGCGCAAAGCGUGCAUUGGAAACACCUAUAGCCUCUUAUAUUAACAUCCAUUUCAAUUGAUCGAUAUAGACGCGAAUAUCUUUUAAUAAUAAUCACAAUAUUGUCACUUUGAUUGUGUGAUGUAACAAUCAAAAAGUGUGACGCAUGAUAAUGUGUAAAUGCUUUCUCAUGAUUUACACUGUUUUAAACGACAAUCAAUGACUGAAACUUGUUUUCACCGAUAGAAUUGUUUCAUGCCAAAAAAUAAUUUUAAAUAUUCUUAUUAUUUUUGAACUUACUUUACAAAAUUGCAAAAUUUAUUCAUAAGCUUUCUUCACAUUUCUUUCAAAUUCAGACAUUGUUUAGAUAUUAAUCUCAUCUUUGACAGAUAAUAUACUGAUGGAAGAAUGUAUCAAAUGCAACAAUUUUACUGAUUUUGCAAGAUUUUUACGUGACGGACAAAAUGACGACGAAGUAAUUAUAAUUUAACGACAAAAAAUUGACGUAUGUAUAAGUGAAAUUUUCUAUUCUUCCGUAAAGCUACGAGACAUGAAAAAAAAUUGAAUUAUUAGAAAUACACAUAUUGAUACUUUUUUAAA